AUGGCAACGAAUACGAUUUUAUUGCUGGGUCCGCGAGAUUGGCUUCACAGAAAUCGUGUUGCAAGAGGAGAACAGGCCGGUAUUCCGACCGGCAGGAACGGCGAAUCUGCUUCCGUGCGAACUCCGGAGGCCUUCAUCAUCUCUCAGGUUCAAAGAUCCGUGGGGAACAUGAAUGCCGGGCUGAUCGCGGCAAAACCCGUGCUGGAGAGAUACACAGCUAUAAUGACUCCGGAUCGUGACGGUGGGUUGGCGAAAUUACGUCGAGGCCUGGAUCUAGAGCAUUACAGCGCUCUGAUUAUCACUUCCGCGAACUCAAAAGUUGUCUUCAGGCUCAGCUCCUUUGACAGAGUGCGGUGGGUAGCUGUUGAUGAAAAAGUGCUGAGGCAGCUAGUAGAAAUGCCCAGGAAGAACAAUGUUGAAUUGAAGGAACCCCUUCCAUAUCGCAAGAUGAAUGCAUACGAGAGACAUGCCGGCAUUACGCCUAUAACGUCACCACAUUUGGCCGCUCCAAUUGCAGCAACGACAUUCGAAGAUGGCCUAUCCGAACAACCUGAAGGCAAUGGACGUUUCUGA